AUGAAAUCUUCUAGAACUACUGAUGUCCCACGCACAUUAUUCGAAAGAUUGAAAGCUGUAGAAGGACAAAUGUUAAAAUUGGAGGAAGAAAUUUCAUCUGUGAAGAAAAUGAUGAAAUUUAACUUCAUCAAUGAACGAAUCCUAAGCAUCGUUAUGCGUCGUUCGACAACAGAAGAAGAGGUUCUAAAAUUAAGAAGGUUAUAUCGCUUAAUUAACGAUAACCAGGUUGACCCGGAGUUUAUCGAAAAUUGGUCUGAAAAUCUCAUGAGCUGGUUAAAAUCACUUGAAUUAAGUUAUGAAAAAGGAACGGAAAAAUGUUCCUUCAAUUGUCAGCUCUGGGAGAACAUCAGAUUGCUGUUAGAACUUUAUGAAGAAAGUUUGCCAUCCGCUGACAUCGUGUCUACCUCCCCCCGCCUCUAUUUUCUACGGAUACUUUUGAAAUUCUUUCCGACUUUUCACCCGACUCCAGAAUUCCUCUACUCUUUGAAACAAAUCUUUUUGAUUUCCCUCUCGAAUUCGGUUCCACAGAUUGCG